UAGAGAGGUUUUAAAACAGCUGUUUAUGUUGACAAUGCAGUAGUCAAAAUUUCGCGAUGUGAACGUAACAAUAUUUCAUGAGUGUGACGGUUUGUGCAAAAUAUCAAUAGUGAUGAGAUUUAUGCGACGCCGGGUUCUGAGAUCAUAAAUCAUCUUCAUGAACGCCCCUGAGAGAGGGACCGAGGCCGAGGGCAGCGGAGCCGCUUUUAAUUCUCGCGUUAGGCGACGUGGCAACGAGAAACAGAGCGGACCGCAGCUCUGCCAGACCGAGACACAACCGGGACAGACGGAAACCUGCACGUGUCAAAACGAACAUGACGAAUGCUACGAGGAUAUCGACCAAGACUCAAACACAGACGAUUCAUCCGAUUUGUUGCAAUAUGAAUCCGAGCCGAACGGGGACGAGCUCGGAAACCAAAUCAAAAGAGACUGGAACGACAAUGAACAACUAAGUGAGCAAUGCCAACUUAUCACCACGCUUCUAAACGAAACACUUACCAAAAUCGAAAACGCUCUCGAAGCGGAUAAUUUAAAUAAUAAUUACGAGGGUCUGUCCAAAAGAAAGGACGUCUAUUUCUGCAGGAUCUGCCACGAAAUAGGAAACAAGCAAAGGUUCAUCUCUCCUUGUAUGUGCAAAGGAUCUUUAUAUUUGGUUCAUAAAAGUUGUCUUGAAACAUGGCUAGCUGCGAGUGACAGCACUCAAUGUGAAUUAUGCGGAUUUACGUACAGAACCCAGCGUUUACCAAAGUACAUGGUAUUUUCAUCGAUUUUUGCCUGGUUAUUGUGUCCGUCGAGUGGACCGGAAAGGAGGAUGCUUUUAUGGGACAUAAUGACUUUGAUGGUUCUGCUACCACUUAUGAUACUCUGCUCCAUUCUCGGCUUGCGUGUCGCUAACAACGUGCUCUCGCCCGAUGUGCAAAUCAAGAUGGGGGAAGCGGUUAUGACUCGGGUCCUGCAGAUGGUGCUCUUGAGCGGCGUUUUGCUCCUGGAUUUGGGCGUCCUAUCUUGGGGGGCCAUUAGGAUCCAGUAUCAUUUCCACCAGUGGUACAUUUGGUACCGCAAAAACUGCAAAGUCAUUCUCUUGGACUUUCUCGACCAUCCGGACUUCCCUCUGCAAACCUUGUCGCACGCUUCAUCCGCAUCAGUGCGGGUAAUAAACUUUUGACAGAAAUAACUUUUAAA